AGAAUCUUGAUUUAAAAAGACCCAGUGUGUUGAAGCCAUGGGUUUGUCUGCGUCCUCCCCGGCUGCUACAGGUCAGUCGCCGAGUGCAUCCAAGCAACGUCAGAUGGCGUCUCCACCUUCAGAAUGUCCUAUGCAUCAGGAAAAAAUGAGUGGUUGUCCAAUGCACGUGAAGACUCCUGAUUGUAGAACUGAGAACACAGAUGAUGUUCCUGCACAUCAAGAAAGAGCGUAUGAAUUUGUAGCAUGUCCGGUGAAGUCUGGUGUAUCUCAAGUGAAAGAUGACAUAGAUCCUAGCAAUAUGAUGCCUCCUCCUAAUCAGCAGCCAUCCCCAGAUCAACCAUUUCCAUUGUCAACUGUUAGAGAAGAAUCUUCCAUUCCUAGAGCACAUUCUGACAAGAAAUGGGUCUACCCUUCAGAGCAAAUGUUCUGGAAUGCUAUGCUAAGAAAAGGGUGGAGGUGGAAAGAUGAUGACAUAACAGGUGAAGACAUGACCAACAUUAUUAAAAUUCACAACCAAAAUAAUGAGCAAGCGUGGAAAGAGAUUUUGAAGUGGGAAGCUCUUCAUGCUGGGGAAUGUCCAUGUGGACCAUCACUGAUGCGGUUUGGAGGCAAAGCAAAGGAGUAUUCACCAAGAGCCAGAAUACGUUCAUGGAUGGGAUACGAACUUCCUUUUGACAGACAUGACUGGAUUGUUGACCGAUGUGGAAAAGAAGUGCGAUACGUUAUUGAUUACUAUGAUGGUGGAGCAGUAGAUAAGAACUACCAGUUCACUAUCCUGGAUGUUCGCCCUGCGUUUGACUCUCUCUCAGCUGUAUGGGACAGAAUGAAGGUAGCUUGGUGGCGGUGGACUUCAUAACUGCUCUGGUGGUGUGUAGUUGAAAAGCAAACCGCUUUCCUCCUAGAAUACGGAUAAGUGAAUGCUAGGACUUGAAAUAGAAGUUCACUGCAACUGCCAUUAUUUUGAUCAUCACCACUGUUCUUUGGGGAUGGGAAGGGAAGAUGGGGAAAUCUGUUGUUAAGUACAUCAAUGUUUUAUGGUGUUUUGAAUUAAAUAAUAAAGUUACAGUAGC